ACGGGCAGAACGAAAAAAUAAUCUGUUUGGUUUUUCCUAAAAACGAACAGUAACGGUGGAGCCGCGCAACAGUCGUGGAUUGAAAACGCUUGAGGACACAGGAGUUUGCGAUGAGCACGUUUAGUGUUGCGCUCGUGUUGGUGCUUUGCACCAUACAGCACUUGGUGUUGGCUGUACCUCGGCCCGAUUUUGGAGUUUACGCCCCCGUGUACGGCAGUGGUGACGUUUCCACUAACGCCAAGGAGAGCGGUGCGCUGAUCGCGAAGGUGAACAUCUCCCUGGAUGUGCAGCUCGUAUCUGGCUACCCGCUGCUGGAGAUAGUCAAGACGCAGCUGAUUGCUAUUGCGGACAACUUCACCCAGAGUGCCCUGGCAGUGUCCAAUUCGAUCGAUACGCUCGCCCUCAGUAACGGCACAUUGGACGGUGCGUUUGAUCAAUUCAACAACGCCAGCGGUGAAUUCUUUUACCUAAUUACCCAAGGACUGACCGGUUAUCUGAACGAGCUGGACACAAAGCUCGACAAAUCAAUCAGCACCAUGCUGGACGACGGAUUGCAGGAGGUGAACAGUGAGUUGAUCCGGCUCGCCGUGCUGAUGGACUCGUUGAAAGCGAAGCUGAAGCUAGCGGUGAAAGCUGCCGCUUCCAACGAAAUACCGAAAGCAGUUUUGCGCCAGUACGUGCCGACCAACCUGACGAACCAGAUCUCGAAGAGUGUGAUUACGCUCAAGGCUGGCAUCCCGCUGGUGACGUACAUUAUUGCCAACUCGAUCGAGAAUCUGAAGACGGCCGAUGACUACAUUAUCGCAUCGGGCACGGCCGCCUCUCAAACGUUCGACGAUGUUAGCAAGGGGUUGGAAAAUCUCGAAACGGAGGUGCAGCAGUACAGUGACGACACUAGCGAAAUUACCGCCAUCAUCGAUCCGGUGUAUAAGGCCAACUUCAACUUUUCCGGCGUCAAUCUGUCGAGCAUACCGUUGAUUCAGAACCAGAUGAACGAGUACACGGUAACGUACACGACGGAUCUUAAUUCUACGAUAGCCGAUAUCAAGCAGUACUACGAUACGUACAAGCAAGCGAUCCCGCUGGUGUCCGACGGGCUGGGCGCCUUCUACAGUACCAAUGCAUGCGGUCAUCUGGUGCGACUGGUGAAGGUGCUGAUCUCGAACGGACCGUACGCAGACUACUGUUACAACAAGUACAGUCCGCGCUCGUUCGCCCUGUUCGAUCAACAGUCGCGCGAAGUAAGCCGCUGCGUGGAUCAGGAGAUCACGCGCCUGCUGAAGCUGCAGCAGGUGCUGCGCGCCAUGGCCAAAACGCUGCUGUUCGACAUCGAAGAUGUACUAGCACAGGUUACGCUUUGCUCCCGCUCACCGCUAGUAUGCAACACUAAUGAGGUCGAAACCUUAUUCAACAACGUCAACAUAGCGGCGAGGCGGCACCAGAACACUAUGCGAAACAUCGUCAAAUACGAGACGGUGGCCGGCCUGAACCGUCUCAGCGCCUGUUUCAGCACCUCCAAAUAUAUGCUGGUGAUUGCCAUCAACAAUAUGAUUCCAGAAAUGGACCAAUGUGCAAAAAUGGGCCCGUAUGUGUAAUUGCAAACUAACAGCCGACCGGCUGAUGCCCUACUGCCCACAAGGAACUGUUCAUAAGGUAGAAAUGAAAUACUGUCAGAAGGGCUUUUAAGUAAGUUAUAGGCCCAUUGUUACACGCCACGGGUAAAAUCUCAGAAAAAAGCAUUCUAAAUUAGAAA